UUAAUAAUGCCUUAAAAUAUAACUCUGUGUUGCACGUCAAAUAUCGUAACCAGCUGAUCAUUGCUGUAAAUAAAUAUCGCAAUCAGUUGAAUCAUCCAUCGUCAGUGUAGUGCGUAAAAAAAGAAGUGACUUUGUUUGAAAAUAAAAGUAGUGCUAUUAUUUGGAAGAGAUUAUAUCCUGUAAAUAUGCCUCAAUUCUGCCAAAGCACUAACCCUUCUACCUCGAGGACAAUAUAUAUUAAUCCACUUUUUAAUAAACGAGUGGAAGCAAACGCUGCAAAACCCAAAACAAUGUCAGUUGGUGCUCACAUCAAUCCAUUGUUUUUAGGUGUUUAUCGACCACCAGCUAUACACAUGAACCCAAACUUUUUCAACACUCGACUUAUUGAACAACAAAAACUACAAUCUAAAUUCCCAUCAACUACCGAGAACGUGACCUUAGCAAAUACACAUGCACCUAGUACUAAACAGAACCUGAAUCAACCAAAAAAUUCCCGUUUUCAUGGUGAAAUAAUCGACCUCUGUGAUGAACCCGACCCGUUAAUUAAAAAACCAAAUGUUGACAGUAAAUCGCCUGUAGCUAUACUCGAAAACAAAGUUGCUAAACAAAAACUUAUUAGCAAAUCUCGUACGAAAAUUGUUCGCGAACCCGCUAUAAUUAAUAAAAUAACCCAGUGCGUACCUCCAGCACCGAUAGUAAAACAACCAGCACCGAUUAUUCGCUUAACCAGAAGGAAAUUAAUACGAAAGACACAAGAAUCGCCCGUAGGUAACAUAUCGCGUACUAUUACACCAGUACCAGCUCCAGCGUCUUCCAUUAACACACAAGGAAAAUAUAAACUUGAUCGAAGACCCAAGUCGUCUAUCGCUGCCGUGAAUAAGAGUGUAAUACCAGGAGUUAAGUUAAAACGUAAAAGCUUUGUUGCACGUUAUGCAUUGCGACGCACAACCUCCGAGUCCAGAAUAGGUUUAACCUCUUCUAAACUACGUUCAUUGCCUAUCAACAAGAAGUUACAAAUGCUCAAUAUCAAUGGGGUGCUUUAUAGGUCAACGCGCAACAAACUGCAAAGAAAAGACACUAAUGUUACUGUCAAUCUAUUAAAAUCGAAUAGAAUACAAGGUUUAAGCACUAAACCAGCAUCCAUUAAAAAUUCAGCUCAAAAUAUUGGCAAAAUAUCUAAUGAUCGGGUGCUUUUUGUACAUGGGACAAAGUUUAUUUUGGAUAAAAAUGGUUUCAAAUUAACUCGAAUUGCACCCACCAACAAACCUGCCAUAGGCGCUAAAAAAUCGGCGGGAGUAGCGCAAAGACUACGACGGCGUAUAGAUAUUGGUGGAUUAACAUAUGUCGCCUCUCCAACACAAAAUGUAUUUGUGCGCACAAGUAACCACUUGACCUUGGCGCAUUUGAAUACAGCGAAAAAUCGAAGUCUUCAGUUACUCACACGUCGACUGGUUAAGAGCAAUAUACCAUGUGCUAUCUACCAACGCAUUGGCAAGUGUAUUGCUCAUGAAAGAGGGAAGUGCAACAAAGUGCAUGAUAAGAAGCAUGUGACUAUAUGCCCAAGAUUCCUGCGCAGCGAGUGUCACAAUCCAGAUUGUUUACUUUCCCAUAAUGUGUCUCUAGCCAAAAUGCCAGUUUGUAAAUUUUUUCUGCAAGGCGUUUGCGUACGUACCGAUUGCCCAUAUCUCCAUAAAAAGCUCAGUAUCACUGCAGAUGUAUGUCAAGAUUUUUUGCGUGGUUAUUGCAAGUUGGCAGAACAGUGUAACAAACGCCAUGAAUUCGUGUGCCCGGAAUAUGAACGUAAUGGGAAAUGUGAAUUAGUAAGUUGUAUAUACUGUAAGAAUCGUAAGAGAAAACAAACAAAUGAACAACCGAAACAUAAAAAAAAAUCAACAGAGCUUUCGGUGAUACAACAAAGCAGUGUACAGGGCACUCAAGAAUCAAAUUCCGCAAUACUACAGCGUUAUUUUGUCGACAACUGCUCAAUUGAAAAGCCAGUAUGCGAUGAGAAAACUUCAAUAGAUGAAAGUGGUAAAAUAGAACACUCAGAUGUACAAUCUGUUGAGCUUGAUUCUGAUAGUGAUACGCCUUCCGUAGCUGUUCGCCCUAAGGUUGGCGCAUUGCCUGCCUUUAUACCACUAUUGUGAGGGAAAAAUUGUCGUUAUGCCACUAAGCCAUUCUAUUUGUUAAACUUUGCUCUUUACAAGCAACUAUAUUUGCAUUUCACAGUAAACUCAAAUAAGUGAAUUAAAAAAUUUUGCUGCAUUGUAUAUUAAUCUGUGAAAUAAUAAAAUCAUAUCAUCAUGUGAAAAAAAUUUACGCGGAAUGUUUUCAAAAAUGCCAAAAUAUUAACAAUAAACUGAUGUAUGAUUUUUCUUUCAUACGAGUGUUCAAAAAGUUUCGCGAAAUGCAAUUUUGCAUUCCGAAUGUUGACUGUGGCAUACGGAGAAGCUACCUUGGACCGAAGCAACGUUUAUCGGUGGU